UGUUGCCUCAUCGUCAGUCCGAAGAAUGUGCACAUCUAGCAUAGAAGGGGCGACGUCGUUGUGACGUCUUCCAGCCGUCAGUAUUUCCAGUCCGUGUGAUUUCAAGCGAACAGUGGACUUUCCAAGGCAGGCGAGAUAGACAAGAUUGCCAGAGAUCAGCAUGGGUCAGUGAGGUCUAAACCCGUGAUACUCACCAGUCAGUCGAUUACAUCUUCACAAUGCGUGCGAAAGAAGUGCUUGUUUUGUUUGUGGUGGUCCAGGUCGCGAUUGCAGCUGAUCCCUGCCAGACCCCCAACAACCAAGACGGCGACUGUAAAGUCAUCAACGAGUGCCCAUCGCUCUACCAACUCCUAGAGCGCCGUCCUAUCUCCAGCAGUAACGCCGACUACUUGCGACGGUCUCAGUGUGGGUUUGUGGGUGCCUACCCUAAAGUAUGUUGUCCCAUUGGGUCGGCGGCGCCUCCAACAGUCAAACCUCCAAUUGUGGAAGGACCCACGGAAGCAACAGAUAUAGACCCCGUGAGUAGCGACCUGCUCCCUGGCUUUGACGACUGCGGAGUCAACACCCAGAGCAGGAUCUACGGAGGAGAGAAAACCGACCUGGACGAGUUCCCCUGGAUGGCUUUAAUCGAAUACGAGAAACCUGGGGGCAGUCGUGGUUUUUAUUGUGGCGGCGUUUUGAUCAGCAAGCGGUACGUCCUAACAGCCGCUCACUGCGUCAAAGGGAAAGACUUACCCAAAACCUGGAAACUGGUGAGCGUGCGCUUGGGUGAAUACAACACAGAGACUGACCCCGACUGCAUCAAUAGUGCGUUUGGGAGGGAUUGUGCGCCGCCCCCAGUCAAUAUUCCGGUGGCGGAAAGGAUAGCCCAUGAAAAUUACGACCCCAACGAUAUCAACCAGUACCACGAUAUAGCUUUGUUGCGGCUGAAGCGGGAGGCCAAGUUUAGUGAUUAUAUUAAGCCGAUUUGUCUUCCCACUACAAGCGAAGAGUUGACGAAGACUUACAUUGGGCAGAAGCUGUUCGUGGCGGGAUGGGGCAAAACCGAGAACCGGUCAGAGAGUAACAUAAAGCUCAAAGUUCAAGUUCCUGUGAAACAGGCUGAGGAGUGUAGGUCCACGUAUAAGGUGGCCAAUGUUAGGCUAGGGGGUGGACAGUUGUGUGCCGGUGGUGAGAAGGGGAGGGAUUCCUGUCGUGGGGAUAGUGGAGGGCCGUUGAUGACCAUUAGCAUUGAUAAGAAUAGAGAUGUGCACUGGUAUGCCGCUGGGGUUGUGUCCUUCGGGCCUUCUCCCUGUGGUAUGGAAAACUGGCCGGGAGUUUACACCAAAGUUUCGAAAUACGUACCAUGGAUCGUUAGCCAGCUUAAGCCCUAAUUUAAGACUUGUAGAUUAAUCUGUCAGUGUGAUCGCAUUAAAUUCAUUUUUGUAUAUUGUCGGAAUUUCAAAUAAAAGUUUUAUUUUU